CUCAAUUCGUGUUCGACUGUCGGGUGGAACGCAGUGUGUAUCCGUAUUCGUCGAAACGGUGAGGCGUCGCGUUUUCGUUGUUGGACUUUUCUUUUAUUGGUGCCGUUGUUGUCAACUGUGUUGCGGUUGCACCCCAUGCCACCAGCGAUCCCCAUUUCGGGAGAUCAUAAAGCAAGAGUGCAUAAAUAAGCAAACGACUGGAGGACAGGAACAAGUGACAAUGCAAUGCAUAGGCGAAGGGCAGAGAAGGCAAUGAUGCGUGUGUGACACAUUUGAGAGGCCUCCUUUUGUGAAUGCAUUUCGCGCAGAGUUCUCAAGUUGGAGUGCGGAGUGUGUGAACUCUGUGGACCGAUUGGUUGUUGCUUGCGUGUAUUCUUCCGGGAGAGAGGACCACUUUGACGGCGGGGGGUCGUGCCACCGAGAAACGGAAUAGAUUUUCCAACUGAUGUUUAAUGUUUCAAUUGCUGCGUUCGAGUGCCCGAGUGUGAAUUAUUAAUUUUCAUGAUUGCAGCCGAGGAAUUGAUAAUGUCGUUUGAAGCGUUAUGACUCCGUAGCCUUUGUUGAUCGCCGAUCGCCGAUCGGAGAUACGUGAGUGAGUGAGAAAUUGUGCUGUAAAUUAUUAUCUUCGGCAGGUACUGCGGGGGCCAGCCUGGAACGACAAUAAAAAGUUUCUAAUUUUCUUUUUGCGUGAUUACUCUGCCUUUUUAUGGUUGUUAAAAAAAUUCGAUUCCCUGGUGUUGUUGGCACUCUGAGAGAUAACAAAAAGUGCUGCUGCAGUAAUUACACAAAUUGAUUGUUGGUGUUUUCAGACAAAGUGAAAUUUCAUUAUUAUUUUUUUAAACGAGUGUUAUCAUGAAAUUCUUGCUGAAAUAUCCAUCUUGCUUCAUCGAUAAAAAGAAGUAAAAAAUAGAAAACCGAGUGCUGUAUGAAAACUAGUUUAGUGCAAGUUGUGUUCGAUGAAAGGAGAAUUGCAAGCGCAAAAAAAUAAAAACGAGUGUUUCAAUGUAAAAUCUGUUUACAUACCGUGAGUGAAACGGAAUAACAGUGCUCUCCAGCCAAGUUGAAGGAAUCGAAACCGGAUCAAAACACGAUUUACGCGAUUUUCGCUUUUUGCGUCUCAUCUUCGCCCUGAAGCUGAUCACUGUGAAACUCGUCGGAUUGUGAGAUCUCAGGCUUGAAAAAAAAACCCUUGAAUUGGAUUAAAAUUUCCUGGCACGUGUACGUGCAGCUCGGGUCAUCAGGAAGAUCCCACUCUUCCGUACCCGUACGAUUGAAAAUACAGGUCAACAGGGCUUCCCGUAUUUCACUGAUAGUGGCAAAACGAGAGGGAUAUCCUUAUUCAACGCGUGUGACGAGCCUUGAAUGUGGUAGUGCGGUGUGGCGGAUACAGGCGCAGCAUCCAAAGUUCAAGGAUUUGCGACAUUCAUCAAUCUAAUCAAUCAAGAAAUCCGUCAUCUUCCAAUCGCCACCGUGACACCAUCCUGCAUUUUUUGGAAACUUGUAACCGCGCAAAAAAAUAAGCACUCUCCAAAAAGCAACAGCCAUCGCCCGGAAUCAAGCAUCAACACCCACCCUUCGCAAAAAAAAUCACAAUCGCCAGCAAAUUAAAUCUCCUUGCACGCACCACUCAAGUUAUGAAAAGUGAAUCACUUUUCAUCGGUUAGCUGCUAACCUAUAUUUCACCACGACGUAGAAAAAAAAACAACAACGAAGCAGUCAACGAUUGGAUUUUUCUUCGCCGCCGCCGCCACCGUCUGCACUCUUUCAUUUAGCGGGGUGGAGCUGAUUGUUGUUGCCAAAGAGAGGCAUUUGAGUGAAACUAAAAUCGCUUCGAUUAUUAUUAUAUUUCGUUCGUUUCGGUUUUUGCGGUUUCGGUCGUGGGCAGGUUAGCUUUAAACAUCAACAUCUCCGCAAAGGCACAAAUUGGAAGAAAGCCGGAAAAAGCAAACUUUGAUUUCACGCGCCGCACAGUCAACGAGAGCUGCGCGCGGAGUUUGUGUGCUCUUUUAGUGUGUGUGUUUUUUUUGUUGUUGUAUCCACUGUGCCUCUCUUUGAUCAAAGUUGAGUGAUUGUUUCGUCUUCUUGGCACACUACCAAACGAGUGAAAAUUUUUGUCGUUUUCCACAAUUGUGGCACUAUUAUUUUUUUGUUUUUUUUUUCUUCUAUUUCAUGCAUGCUUUAGUGAGAUAAGAGUUGAAUUUUGGUCACUGUUUUUUUUGCGAUAAGUAGUGUUACAAGUGCUGGUGAGAAAGUGGAUAUAAGCACAAGCCGCUCAAAGAAAAAUUAAUGAAGGGGUAGAAGAAAUUUUCAAGAGUCGGAGGCAGGCACAAGAAAUGCUUGAACGAAAAUUAGCAUAUGAAAAGUGCUUCAAACUGUCGGUGUGCCUUGGAGAGGAAAAUUGAAUUUAUCAACGGUGCGUGGAAACGGGGCGCUCAACCAACAUUGGCGACAACGGAAGCUGAUCGACAAGUGGGUGGAGGAAAACGGAGAACCAGAAGCUAAGGAGCAAAAGUUUUCACUUGGAUCAAUUAGAGGAUUAUAGCGGCUUAACCAGUGAGAAGUCUUCGGAACUUAAGUCAAGAUGUCAGCCGGAUUGAUGUCGUGUGUUCGCGAGAACUCGCCUCCCCUGGAAAGCCCUUCUGCAACACCCGGAACCGGAGCCAGUGGAAGCAGCAAUAGUGGACAUACCACUGGCAGUCACAUCGGUACCAGUGCAACCAGUAACAUCCUGGACCCCAAUGAUAUACCGAUCACAAUCACCACCCCAGAACAUCACCACCAAGCAGCCGGUGAUACCAAUACCACACGCCGCAAGCGAUUUCAUCCACUACGUAACCUAAGGCGAAUCUUCCGACGUCGCACGGUAUCUUCGGCUGAUGCCACACCCCGGCAGUUGCUGGGUAAAAGUCAAACCCACAUCCACUUUGCCACAUCGGGUUCCUCGACCACGGAUGCCACGUUGCCACGAACUGGCCUAGGGGUACCGAUCACAAUUAGGGCCGAUUCGGGCGGUGGUGGCAUUGGAGGCGGUGUAGGCAUUGCAGGAACAGGGUUCUACAAACGCGAAACCUACCGACUGCGGGACGCCGAUGAUCUAGACAAGGACAUGUCCGAUUACCAACGGAGCCUAAGCGAAGGCCGGCUGGUGGAUAGUGACAUAAGUCGCGAUGGCUUGUCGCAGUCCCACGAUAGCGUGUUCUCGGAAUCCGCCGGUACGGCCAGCAGCCUGUCGAUUACGCUCAAGAACGAACUGGCCGACGUGCUGCGGAAACGACGGAAGGAUCGCCACAAUGAGGCUUCCGAUGAGGACCUCGGUUUACCGCAGAGUCCCAUCACACCACAGCGUAAGGACCGUGGAAUCAACAAGAGCGAGGGAUCUCUCAGCAUCCUCAGCAUGACCAGCUCCGACCUGGACCUGGAGGAACGAUCCGCUUUCAAUACCAGCGGACUUAAUCUACUGCAUCUGGAUUCGUCUAGUUCCAGUGUGUACAACCGGUCAUCCGACAACCAAGAUGAUAAUGGAGCGGAAUCUCCAGCAUCAAAACUCAGCCAUUCAGCUGCCAAACACAAGCUUGCCGUUAGACCAAAGAAGAAAGGACCAACACGCGCUCGUGCUCGUCCACGAGAGGCAUCGGUCCUUCCUGCUACACCGGAAGUCAACGAAGACACACUGAAGCUUUCCACAUUGGACAUUCCUGCAGAACUACCGUCGAUUGUAAAUGACGACGAGGAGAAGUGUCACUCUCUUCCAUACAUGAACCCGGGAUCCCUUACCACUACUACACAUUCGAUGCUCACCAGUAGCAGCAGCACUACUGUCAUCAACAAAUCCCCAGCAAGACAACCGCAACACAUAAUGAGCUCCCAAUUGUCUGCAUCAGUUUCCCUGACGGCUACCUGUGGAUCGAAUGCCAACCCAUCAAUCUAUGUCAACCGGAACAUUUCAAAGAGCUACGAUUUCAACGGUCUCAACGGCGAGGGUCACAUCAUAGAGGAAAUCGAUCAGGUUGGUGGCAAGAAGGAUGACGAUGGAUUCUUCAAGAGGAUCCUGAACUACAGCUUUAAGAAGAAGAAGCACGAGCAAGGUUCGAAGGAGGAUCAGUCAGCUUUAGCUCCCGUGGCGUCAACUCGAAAGGACGACAACACCAGUACCGUAUACAUUACUUCAGGUAUGAGUAUUGUUCCUGAACCAAGCGUGAAAUUGUCACUUCCGAUUUGUGAAGCCGACGUACCAGACAUGAGUGGAUACAAGAAGAUCAAAGCCGGACCUGCCGCUAGGCAGAGAGUCUUCCCGAAAGAUAUCUUCAAUGCAGAAGUUGACACACCUCGUGAGAGUCAACGCUACUCAUCGAACGUAGAGGUAAAUCGUCAUUCUACUUCUUCGAAUGGCAGUGGAUCCAUCAUCAUCAAUGGCGAUUCGAAGAUUGUGCAACACAAGAGCGAAGAAUAUCUUGUUUCCAAGAGCCGGAAGCUUUCGGAGCGAAGCUUCAACGAUGAUGAAGACGAAGAGGACGCUGGACGAAAGUAUCAGCCAAAUGUAGAUAAGCUGAAAAAUCCCAAGAUUUUUGGAUUGAGCCAGUAUCAGCAAAGAAUUGCUAAGAUCACGGUCAACCAGAGUGAAUCGCCCAAGGAAAGUCCUUCCAAGCGGAAAGCGGUUGAAAAGUCCAAGAGUUUCCGAGUCUACAGUGAUAAUGUGUCUAACAAUUUGACCAACGCGAACAAUUUGCCCAGUCUUCCCAAUCUGACCAAUUCCCUGUCGAUCGGCAACUUUACCAACAACUUCUUGGAAACGGAGCACAAAUAUUUCAGCAUGACGGAGAACAUAAACGUUGGAAAUCAGAAAAUUUUCAAGGAUUACAUCACCAACGUGGACGAUCAAGGAGGAGAAGACGGACGAAUGGUGACAUCGACAUCUUCUCUGCAGAAGUUCGAGAUCAACGAUAACAAUCUGUUAAAUCCACGUGAGCAAGAGCACGUCGAUCAUCAGCCCAAGUCCAUUGUGCUGACCACUAACACCAUAGCUCCACCGGAACCUAACGGUAUCCUGAACAAGUCAAACCAAAACAUCUCCCAAAUAGAGGAGACGAUAGAUAAACUGGUAUCGUCUUCAUUCAUCAGCAUCAUCAAAGACACCGGAUGCAAUGAUCGAUUGGAUCAAGCCGAGCCUCAGUCUCAGAGCAAUCAUGUACCAGAGUUCAUGAAAAUUCAGUUGAACCGAGUUGAAACGGCCCGCUCCAAAACGAACGUAGUGCUUUCGACCUCAACGCCACUGAGCAGCACAGCUUCCACUCCUUCGCCUACUCCAGUUUUACAGAUGAGCUUGGCAGAUGAGUCCAUCAAGACUCGACGCUUCAGCAAUGAGAAUAUCGAAAUCACCGAAAGUAAGCCUCCACUGCCGCCGUCAGCAGCGGUCGUAGCCGCUAGGAGCAGUUUCAUUGAAGCACCAAAGAGUCCUCCAGCGUUCAAACGAUCUGAGACUGGAUCGAAGCGUAAUUCAGUAAAUCUGUCACAGGAAGACGAUAGAAAAGUGAUACUGCAGCGCAGAACUUCCGUAACGGAGGAGAAGAUAAAGUACGAGCGAAGGAUUUCCUCCUCAUCAGAAGAUAUCAAAUUUGAGAGGAAAAAGUCUGGAUCAGAAGAAGUGCUGGAGAAGAGGAAUAGCAACUACAACAGUGGCUCAAGCAGUGGAGAUGAACUUGUAGUUCUGCGGAAGAAAUCAAUCGUGGAUUCUAUUAAAGAUAAGGAUAAGGAUACUCCGGAGCUGAUGAAAGUGUUUGCGCGAAGAUCGUUGAAAUUACGCUCGGAUGAAGAAUACAGGCCUGGGGAAGCGAAGCCAUUGUCCAACGUCGAUAGCGAUAAGGAGAAUCAAUCCAGUGAAGAGAAGCUGGAUAAGCUUGUGAAGCCUGAAAGUGCUUCGGUAGGACCGAAAAGCAUCACAGGUGGUAUUACCAAGGAGCCUGUGGAUGGGAAGACUACACCCGAUAACAGUGCGAAUGAAGUCCUGAGGAAGAGUACUACGAAGCCGUUUGGUGUACCGAAUCGAUUCGGAAACACCGCAAAUGUGCAGAGCAGGAAUACAACUUCGUUUGUAGAACUUCGUAAAUCGUUGAUUCCUUCCACUACGACCACUACUGCUGCUAAUACUAAUAAUAGUAACAACAACAACUUUGCAAAAAUCGUGCCGGACAGCAACGAAAACAAUGGCGUCAAUGGAACUAACAACAAUAACAACAAUAGCAAUCGCCAUACAAUCGCUACCAUGAAUCAGUUCAAUUUGAACGCCAUCAAUAACAACACUAACGGCAAUAACACCAAUGGAAACAGUACAACCAUCGAGGCCAUUGGGGAUGCGAACGAAUUCAAGGGAAUUUUGCAAAGAAGGGCCGAAUGGGAAAAGCGGGCAAAGGAAGGAUUCAAGUGAAAGUAGCGCUCAAACUGAGCCGUGAAAAAAUUUAGUGAGUCCACAACCUAGAACUAGAAACCACUGUAGAUCAGUGAAGAACAUGUAGAAUAGCAGUCGCCGAAGAUCGUUCUCGAUAAAUACUUUUGCUCAUCGGUGUUUUUCACUACACUAGAAGCUCGCUUGAAAGCUGAGAUCACAAGAAACACUCAAUAUUUACCAAAUUUUCGCUCGAUUUCUCGUGAAAUGAAAGCUUUUCAGUGUUCCAUUGAAUGUCUCCCCACCGAGCUGCAUAAAUUGUGUAACCAAUCCAGAAACCAUUCGUUUGACCAAUUAGUAAUCUGAAGGUGCACUCGAUAGGAGUUUGUUAUUCCCACUAUGGACGUUAUUGCGUGACUAGAUAGCUGAAGGAAUUGUAAAAAAAAAUGAUAAUGCGCGUUAUACACCCCAACACCGAAGACAAAAUCAUUACUUGAUCGGUCUGGUUUUAAUAAUUUGUUUUUGGAAGCCAUCUUUUGGCUUAAUAAAUCCUUUGAUUAGUGCAUUGAAUUGGACGCAAUGCGGUAAUGUAAACGAUAAUCAAAAUACGAAAUCAAUAUUAAUUUCAACACUAAACAAUUGUGAUAAAAUAUUAUAUUUACGGAUAAAAACCUAUUCGAACGCGAUAUUUUUGUUAGAAUCUAUACUAAUAGGUGAAUUUGAUCAUUAUUGCCUGUACAUUUCCCCUAUUGUAACGGUCAAAAUUAUAAUAAUUACACUUGUUCUACUUCAGGGUAGUAGUGACAUUGAAAAUCGAUUUUAUAUAUAUAUUCGGAUAGUUACUCAUAAUUAUUGUUUAUUUCGUGCGAAAUUUACUUCAACGUUAGUUGUUAAUUCAAUUUUUUACACUCAAAAACGAGAACUGUACAUACCGAGAGGUUACAUUUGUAUUCACUAUUAGAUUUUAGAUGAGGUUCGUCGAUAGAACCAGCUCCAGCAAAAAAAAAACACAAGGAAUGAACAUAUUUAUGAGGAAAUAAAUAUCACUUAGUCAUACCAUAAAAAAUGUAAAGAAAAUAAUGAUUAGAAUAACUCAAUCAAAAGUAUGUUGAUCAUAGGGAAAAGAAUGAUCAGAAAAAAAGAAAACACAUCAAAAUUACGCAAUAUAUAUUUACUGAGUGUUGUAGUAUUUUAUCCAUUCAACUUUUGCAACCUUUACACAUUCAUCCUAGAUGGUCGCCUACUCACACAUUCACACAAACACAUACAUACAGACACAUUUAGGCGCCUACAUACCAAGAUAUUUACCCUUGUAAGCUGUUGACGGAGUUCGAGGAGUUUAACAGAUGGUUGAUUACUAUUAUCCAGUUGCAGAAGAAACCACAGAAGAAA